ACGGCAAGCAAAGAUAAAACGAAGAGAGGAAUUAGAUCGCGUGGCAAGAUUGCAACGUAUACUGGCUCUUGUACGUGCGCCUGAAUUGGACAGUGUGGCUAAGAUGAAACAAGUGAAUUUGGAUGACAAAGAGAUAAAACGUGAUGAAGAUAUAAAUGUUUUAAAAGAGUUGGGUGUAAAUCCAGAGAUCAAUCCAAGUAUAGAUCAUUUGAGUGUAGAUGACAAACAACUGACCAAAGUGGAAACAGUAAAUGAGCCACUGGCAAAGAAGAAACAAAUCGAGUAUGAAGGAAUAGCAAAGUUGGAGCGUAUGUCGAAAGAGGAACGCAUUUUAGAGAUAGAUCGUUUAGUGAAUUUAGAGCUUGAGGCAGAAGCUAAACUGAAAGCAGCAAUUGAACAUGCUGCACAAUUAGAACGAGAGGCCGAAUUAGAACGUGAGAUAAAAAUGAAAUAUUUAAGAGAAUUAGAUCUUAAAGCAGAGUUGGAGAAGGCAGAGAAAAAACGUUUGGCGGAAAUAGAGCGUCAAGAAAAGAUGAAACGAAAGAAAGAAUCAGAUCGCAUCGCGGAAAUAAAACAGGCAAAGUUGAAACAAACUGCUGAGAUGAAACGUAAAGAGGAAAUUAAACUUUUGGAAGAAUUGGGUGUUUUGCCAAGACAUGAAGGCACUGAAAAGGAUAAUGCGAGAAAGUUGGAACCAGAGGGACAGGCAAACAUUAACCCAGACGUCGAUAUUAAGUUAGUCAAAGAGGUCACGCCAAAUACAGAUGUGAAAGAGAAAGUUGUGAAUCCAGUAAAACGAAGCAUACUGAUAGCAGAAAUAAAACAAGUGGACCCCCUUUUAGAAGUAGAAACAGUGGAUAAUGUAGAACAGAUGACACAGAAAGAAAGUGAAUCAAUACGCGAAAUGAUAGAAGAUACACAAAAAGAAGCUAAUAAAAAUCAAGAAGCCGGAAGUCAGACAAAUAUAAAUAACGAGGCAAGAAAUAAACGUAGGGAAGAAUUAGAGCGUGUUGCAAGAUUACAACGCAUAAUAGCGACGGUACGCAAUGCAGAGCCAAAUGGUGUUACACAGGUAAAACUUGAUGUCGAAGUAGAUAAUACACCGGAUUUGAAACACACAGAAGAGAUGCAACUAUUGCAAAAGUUGGGCAUUGUACCAAAGGAGCACGUGACACAGAAAGAGAGUGGGAUUGACGGGACUGUGGAAAAGUUAAAGGUACAACCAAACCAUUUAAAUUCAGUGAAACAAAUGAACCCAGUUACAGAUGUAAAACAAGUUGCAGAAGUAAAGGCGGAUGUGACGAAAAGCACACAGCCAAAUGCAGAACAGUUGCCUGAGAAACUGGCUGAAAUAAAAAUGGAAAAAGCAGUAGAGUCAGAAAGAGAGGCUAAAAUAAAACGUGCGGCAGACAUGGAACGUAAGGCAAAAGCAAAACGUGAGGCAAGAAUAAAAAGGAGGGAAGAAUUAGAUCGCACGGCAAAUUUGCAACGUGUUGUAGCGUUGGAAUCUAAUGAAGAGUUCGAUCAUGUUGCAAACAUGAAAGAAGCAGAGUUGAAACAAAUAAAGGAGAAGACACGCGAAGAAGAUUUGAAAGUUCUAGAGGCAUUAGGUAUUGUGCCAAGAAAGGAAGCCACACAGACGGAAAGCGAGACGAAUUUAAAAACAGCAGAUAAAAAGGAGAUUUUAACAAAGAUAGAAGAUACAACCGAUGUGAAAUUUAAAAUAGAUAAAGGUGACGUUGAUGUUGGACCUGCAAAUGCCGAAAAAAUGCCGGAGCGUAAAGUAGAUAUGGAAACUAUGACAGAAAAAGAAAGAAAGGCUGUGAGGAAAGAUGUCGAAAGACGUAUAGCAGAGCUACGUGUAGCGCAGAUGAAACGCGUAGCAGAGCUAGGAAAAGAGAUGAAACAGUUGGCAAUGAUAGACGAAGACUUAAAAUCGAAGCACGAAAAUCCUAAGCUGAUGAUCAAUAAUGAGCAUGAAAACAAGGAUGUUACAGAUGAAUCUAAGCAGAUGAUAAAAGAUGCGUAUAAAAUCGAAGAUGCUACUAAUAAAUCUAAGCAGAUAGAAUCUAAACCGAUGGUAGAAACUGAGCGUAAUAUCAAUGUUACACAGGUUAAACGUAUAAAAGAAAAACAAUUAGAUCUGGCAGAGGUCAAAAGUGAAUUCUCAGGUAUAAAACGUAAGGAUUCGAGGCCUUUAGUAGAUUUAAACUCGGAGAAAGAAAGAGCGAUUGAAUCUGUAAAAGAGGUAAAAUGUAACGAAAAAUUAAAUCUAUUUACGGAUUUCGAAACACCAGAGGUAAACCAAGAAAAGGUUGAAUCAUUAGGGAUGAAAAGUGAGAAAAAGUUGAAAUCAACGGCUGUGCCACCCUUGAUAGAAGUAAAGCCUGAACCAGUGAUGAAAUUAGUGGAGUUGAAACGUUCAAGUGAGAUGAAAGCGAGAGGAAUGGAGCGAGUGAGGCGGCGCGAUUGUGAGUGGGAUGGACAAAUGAUGUAUGUGGGUAGAGAGCGCUUGUAAUAAUUUGUUGUCAUUGUAUCUCGAUUAAGCUACUUAUUAAUAGAAAGUUAAAGCUUAAAAUGGCGUGAAUAGGUUGACUGGUUGGUUACUGGCUCUCAAGUCUCAACUA